CAGCUCAGCCAAAGCAAGCGGUCAUUUCCUUGAGACCGCACUCUCGAAGGAGGAAGUUUCAGUUUUACUGUAGGUUAACCUCUCUGUGAAACAUACGCGCUUAGCAUUCUCUUCAGUGACAGCAAAUUUCAGGGCAAUAAAUAAUAUGAUGUACUGAUAUUUACAUUAUGGUAAUACCCUGCAGUUAUAAAGCUCCAACAGCUUCACUGCCUGUCUUACAGUGACUUACAGUAAAAAACAUUCUCCUCCCUUGACUGACAUGAGUGGUCACUUCGGAGAUUUAAGCCCACUUCAAGAAAAGGCAUUGAAUGAGCUAAAAGAAGCUGUAGCAGAUGUCCAUCAACCUCAUUAUGAUGAUUAUUACUAUCUGCGGUGGCUUAGAGCCAGAGAAUUUAAUCCUGUCAAAGCUGAAGCUAUGAUGAGGAAAAAUCUGAUGUUUCGGAAGGCAAUAGGAGCUGAUACUAUUCUGACUGAUUAUAAACCUCCUGAGCUGAUUGAUAAAUAUUACCCAAGAGGAUACAUCGGCCCUGAUAAAGAUGGAUGUCCUGUACGUGUCAUGCCAUUUACGAAUCUCGAUCUGCGAGGAUUUGUAUAUUCUGUGCAGAAAUCUGAGAUACUUAGAUUUUUAACCUACCUUUUCGAACAAGAUAUAAAAGAGAUGGAAGAGAUGAGCAAGAAAACUGGAAAAGUUAUUGAGAAGCAUUCGUAUAUUGUUGAUGUGGAUGGUUACACCUUUCGACAGGCCACAAAUAGAGAUGCUCUGAACAUGCUGAACGAAGUUUUAAAGCUCUAUGAAGCAAAUUACCCAGAAAGAAUGAAAACAACUUAUUUUAUCAAUGUUCCAACAUAUUUCAACAUCGUUCUUAACCUGUCGAAACCAUUUCUCUCCGAGGCGACUCUGAAGAAAUUCAGGCUCUUUGGAAAAGAUUAUAAAAAAGCUCUCUUAGUUGAUAUUGAUGCUGAUGUAUUGCCAAAAUUUUUUGGUGGUAACCGAACAGACCCAGAUGGAAAUCCACGGUGUGAAAGCAUUAUCAAUUUUGGAGGAAUGAUCCCACCUGAAUGUUAUGCGCUUCAACAGUCUGUUAAACCCCUUGAAGAAGAAGAAGGUGUAACAUGCAUUAAAGUACCUCGCCAGUCAUAUCGUUUUGUUGAGAUCCAUGUUCCAGACUUCAACUGCAAAGUCGAAUGGAUCUUUGAGACUCCAACCAAAGACAUCGCAAUUGGAUUUUAUCGUAAGAGAGAAAAUGAUAGUUCUGUAACUUACGAUGAACUCUUGCCAAUGGAGCGAGUAUUCUGUCACCUAGUGCCCGAAUCUGGAACCUUUCUAUGUGAUGCUCCUGGCACUUAUGCCUUGAAGUUUGACAACAGUUAUAGCUGGAUGUCAUCAAAAAAAGUGUUUUACAAGAUCAAAAUUAGUUCGGCUACUGAAAAUGAUAUUUGUGGCUAAUUUGAAUGCUGUAUUAGAUAAAAUAUCUUUAUUAUACUGUAUUUUCUUGUGCUGUAUUAUUGUAAAUUAUUUUCUAAUUGUGGGAAUUAUUUAGUUUUUACAGUAUUUAUUACAUAGAGGGAGAAUUUUCUUCAAAAGGACGAAAUAAAAGAAAACAACAACAAAAAAAAAAAAAAAAAUUCUUAAAAAGGACAUAAAUUCAUCUGAAGAACAAAAUGCAGUUGCUUCUAUGCUUUUGAAGACAACUGUGUGAUUUCACAUUCUUAUUUCGUGUUGUAUAUCAUUUAUUCAUUAUUGUUGCAUGUUGCAUGCUGCUGUCACCUUUUGUGCCGUUUCGUACAGUAGUAAUGGAUAACUUAUUAUUGGUAUAAACUACAAUUCCGUUGCAUCAAAUUUAUAAUACUUAAAUUUAAUAGCAUUGAUUAAUGUUUGGACACAUGGUUUCGCCUUUUACAUGAUUUUAAAAAACAGAUUGGGAAAGUUUGUCUUAAUCAUUCUAAUCUAAAUACUUUUCACUCACUAAAUAAAAUUUAAAACUUCUUUCGACUGGAAAAGUACAUUUUAAUACAUCUUGCGUGGUUAAAUUGAGAUCUAACAUUAUAGUUCGGUUGAAAAACAAUCUAUUGACAUAUUUAAGAUGAAUAUUCGAAACUAAAACUUCACCUCUCCCAAACUGAUUUGUUUGGGAAUAUUUUUCAUGUGAUUGUGGUUUCUAAUUUAGAUGCUUCGUGAAUUUGCCAACCGCAAUUUGGUAAUGUUUUCUUCUUCAUGUCUAUGGUCACUUUUAUUGUGUUUAUUGACAGUGUAGAGGAUUUUCAUCCUGUUAUUUAACAAAAGCAAAUAAAAUAAAAAAUUUUCAUUGCAUAAAA